AUGAACAUAAUCAGUCAUUCUGCCGUGCACCCAGUGGUGGAGCAGUUACCGCCGCCGCAGGUUAACAAUGUCUUCCCAGGAAGGAUAAAUGCCAGGCAAGGUAGGCCUGGCACAAUAGGCGGACUUGCAUUCCGGCUGUUGCAGUUCAUAUUGGCUGUCAUUUCGGUAUGCCUAAUGACCACCAUAAAUAAGUUUUCAACCAUUAAUACCUUCAGAUAUUUUGUUGCAGUUAUGGCCAUUCAAUGUCUAUGGAAUUUUUUAAUGGCUUGUUUGGACAUUUAUGUCCUCAUGACUGGAGGAUCACUGACGAAUCGUAUAGUGAUAGUAUUUUUCACUCUCGGUGAUUUGGUUACAUCCACAUUCACUUUUUCUGGUGCUUGUGCAUGUGCUGGAAUGACGACCCUUAUCCUUACCUUUCUUCGUAAUCAAUGUUCCGAAAUUCAGUGUGGACAGUUGAAAGCAACUACAACAUUAGCUUUUUUAACCUGGUUGGCUAGUUUUCCAUCAUUUUUGGUGAACUUUUGGAAUUUAUUCUCCAAAUAG